UAUUUUUAUUAUUGUCUAUACUAUAUACAGGGGCACUUUUAUUGCAGUCUAUAUUAUAUACAGGGGCACUUUUAUUACUGUCUAUAUACAGGGUUUUAUUAUUGUCUAGACUAUAUACAGGGGCACUUUUAUUGCAGUCUAUAUUAUAUACAGGGGCACUUUUAUUACUGUCUAUAU